GGAAAUCCCCGGUGUCCGCGGGCGGUAAAACAGAAAGGGAAAAAAGAGAACUGGCAGUCUGCAGCCUUCGUGGCGGCCAAGUGCGACAAGCUAGGAGGCCGUGGGGGCGGAGCGGCGAGAGCAGCCGCCGGGAGGACUGCAGUGGCAGCAGCAAGGGAGAUCCACACCCCCCGGCCGGCCCGCCGGAGAACUCGCCCGAACCAGGCGUCCAUGGGGAGCCGCCUCCACCCGGCCCCAACCCGAAUUGCGACCCCAACCUGCGGCGUACGCUUGUCCUAACCUGGACUUGGGAUUUCUGAAGAGGAUCGCGCGGACCCAAGAGGUAUUGGAGAGCACCAUGGCUGAGCAACUCCUUCCUCUGGCCUUGUAUUUGAGCAAUAUGCGGAAAGCCGUGAAGAUAAGAGAGAGGACACCAGCAGAUAUUUUUAAACCUACCAAUGGGAUCAUUCACCACUUUAAAUCCAUGCACCGAUACACGCUGGAAAUGUUCAGAACUUGCCAGUUUUGUCCACAGUUUCGGGAGAUCAUCCACAAUGCUCUCAUUGACAGAAACCUCCAGGCUUCCCUGGAAAGCCAGAAGAAGCUCAACUGGUGUCGAGAAGUCAGGAGGCUUGUGGCACUGAAGACCAAUGGUGACGGAAACUGCCUCAUGCACGCGGCUUCCCAGUACAUGUGGGGUGUUCAGGACACAGACUUGGUCCUGAGGAAGGCGCUCUUCAGCACCCUCAAGGAGACGGACACACGCAACUUUAAAUUCCGCUGGCAGCUGGAGUCUCUUAAGUCUCAGGAAUUCGUGGAAACUGGGCUUUGCUACGACACCCGGAAUUGGACCGAUGAGUGGGACAGCCUCGUCAAGAUGGCAUCCACGGACACACCCGCGGCCCGAGGUGGACUGCAGUAUCAUUCACUGGAAGAAAUACACAUAUUUGUCCUUUGCAACAUCCUCAGAAGGCCAAUCAUUGUCAUUUCAGACAAAAUGCUGAGAAGUUUGGAAUCAGGUUCCAAUUUUGCUCCUCUGAAGGUGGGUGGGAUUUAUCUGCCUCUGCACUGGCCUGCCCAGGAAUGCUACAGAUACCCCAUUGUGCUCGGCUAUGACAGCCAACACUUUGUACCCCUGGUGACCAUGAAGGACAGUGGACCUGAAAUCCGAGCUGUUCCACUUGUUAACAGAGAGCGAGGACGAUUUGAAGACUUAAAAGUUCACUUUUUGACAGAUCCUGAAAACGAGAUGAAGGAAAAGCUCCUGAAAGAAUACUUGAUGGUGGUAGAAAUCCCUGUUCAAGGCUGGGACCAUGGUACCACCCAUUUAAUUAAUGCUGCAAAGUUGGAUGAAGCUAACUUACCCAAAGAAAUAAACCUGGUAGAUGAUUACUUUGAACUUGUCCAGCACGAAUACAAGAAGUGGCAGGAAAACAGUGAGCAGGGACGGAGAAACACGCACCCCCAGAAUCCUCUGGACCCUUCCAUCCCCCAGCUUUCUCUCAUGGACAUCAAAUGUGAGACACCCAACUGCCCAUUCUUCAUGUCCGUGAACACCCAGCCUUUGUGCCACGAGUGCUCAGAAAGGCGGCAGAAGAACCAAACGAAAGUCCCAAAGCCCACCUCCAAGCCGGGUCCCGAGCUGCUCCCCGGCCUGGUGCUUGGGACCUCCCGGGGGGAGGUCUGGAGUCCCGCGGAGCCCGCCGGAGGCCCCCACUCAGCCCCUCCGACGGCACCCAGCCUCUUCCUGUUCAGCGAGACCACGGCCAUGAAGUGCAGGAGCCCUGGCUGCCCCUUUACCCUCAACAUGCAGCACAACGGCUUCUGCGAGCGAUGCCACAACGCCCGGCAGCUGCCAGCAGGCCGCCCCGCGGACCCCGCACGGCUUCCCGACCCGGGCAAGUGCCGAGCCUGCCUCCAGGAUGUCACCAGGACGUUUAAUGGCAUCUGCAGUACUUGCCUUAAAAGGACUACAGCCGAGGCCGCCCCGAACCUCAGCUCCAGCGGCUCCCUGUCCUUCCACCAGCGCUCCAAGUCCGACCCCUCGCAGCUGGCCCAGAGCUUGUCCCCACAUGCCUGCCGCAGAGCCGGGCCUGAGGCACCCGCCGGUCACCACUCCCCGGCCACACGGACUCCAGGGGAAAGGAUGGGGACCAGUAAGUGCAGGAAAGCGGGCUGCGUGUACUUUGGGACCCCAGAGAACAAAGGCUUUUGCACACUGUGUUUCAUCGAGUACAGAGAAAAUAAACAUUUAGUCGCUGCCCCUGGGAAAGCCAGUCCCACAGCCUCCAGGUUCCAGAAUGCAGUCCCCUGCCUGGGCAGGGAAUGUGGCGCCCUUGGUAGCACCGUGUUUGAAGGAUACUGUCAGAAGUGUUUCAUUGAAGCUCAGAAUCAGAGAUUCCAUGAAGCAAAAAGGACUGAAGAGCAGCUGAGGUCAAGCCAGCGCAGAGACUUGCCCCGAGCCUCACAGAGCGCCUCCAGGCCCAAGUGCGCACAGGCCACCUGCCGGAAUGUGCUGGCCUGCUGCAGCCAGGAGCUCUGCAUGGAGUGCCAGCACCUCGGCCAGCGAGUGGGCACCAGUGCCCGCCGGCCAGAGCACAGCCCCGAGGAGCCCCCCACGCCGCGCUGCCGGGCCCCCGCCUGCGACCACUUCGGCAACGCCAAGUGCAACGGCUACUGCAACGAGUGCUUUCAGUUCAAGCAGAUGUACGGCUAACCCGACCCAGGGGGCCAGCCCCAGGCCCCGAGGGGCCUAGAGCCUUAGCCCGCGGGGUGCCAUCCUCUCUCGGCGCCGCUCCCGAAGGCCCUACCCUGCAGGGUGGGCCUGGCUGGCUGUGAGCGGGGACGAAAGAAGCGCUCCGGUCUCCGGCCAGGAAUCUGAGCAAAGCGUGUGACGGGCCACGGGUUGCGCGGGGUCAGCCCGGAGCCGCUGCUCCUCCAACCCUUCCAAGCAGAAGGCUGGGAACCUCCGAGCCAGGACUGCCCCACCGUCUUCAGAGAAAAGGGAAAAGACGCAGGGUCCGGCUGGACUGGGGAACCCAGGGCCAGUCCCCUGCCGUCCCUCAGCGUCUCUCGGAGACGGGGAGCUGAGGCUCCGGGGCCUGCAGGCCCUCUGCGGGAAACUCAGGAAGCUCGGGGAGCGCGGACAGACUCAGCAUCAGCCGGCCGCGGCUUCUCCCCACCGGCCUCAUUCUCUCCCACUGACACGGCAGAAGCAGAACCAUCCAGACUGUGAUGCUGAGGCUGAACACGUUCAUAAAAAAAAGCAAACCAGCUGCUCUUCACAAUAGGCACCUUUCAAGACUCAGAACAUGUUAGCGGGCAGAUGGGCAACUCUUGGUUACCGCUGUCUUUACUUCUAAAGUUAACUCAAACUGAGGUGUGCAUACUGUUGUGUACAUAUAUCACGGCCCCUUAUAUUCUGUAUGAGGGGAUUUUUUUUUUUUUUGGUCAUGUUGAGAUGCUGCCCUAGAAGUUUUAAGAGGACUGACUAAUAAUAAUAACCUAUUUUCUGGUUGUUUUUGGGGCGGGCACCUCUCAUAGACACAGCUUGCAUGAACUCCACCAGCUGCUCUGUGAAAUGGAAAUUCCUGUGUAAAUCACUUUAUUUAUUUUAUUACAAACUUUAAGGUUAUUUAAGUGAAGAUGUUUCUUCUGGUCUUCAGAAAAUGCUGUGGUGUCCUCUUGAGAUAACAUAAGACUGACUAUCAGAGGCAGGCAAGUUCCUGAUCACGGUGGGGGAGUCGGCCUUCUCCGUGCACUUUGCUUGGCUUCCCUAGGAAAGAAACAGUCUCUUCCACAGUAAAUCCAUUAAAAUCUCACGCUUUCUGGUGAGACUUUUGGCCAGAGCCACUUCCCAGCCCUUCAGUGAGAAGCCAUUCUCCACAGUGUAUAAAGGGUUCUGUGUAUCCUACCUCCUCAGACAGAUAGUGGGGAAGGAGCAGGGGUGAGAUCGGGGAAGGUCACGGGGAAGGACGUUGCCUUUGACGAAGGGUUUGUUUGCUGUGUUCACGCUGUGUCCUGGGGUGCGGGGCGCUGACCUUGCAGCCAGCUUCGCAUUGGAGCAGCACAACCUUGGAACCAGGAGGAUGAGGAAACCUCUCUGUCCUUGGCCUGCAGCCUCUCUCUGUGUUUUAUGUUACUGUCAUACUUGUGCUAGAAAAGAAAGAAAAAAAAAGGGAAACACAUUGUCCCAGAGGUAAAGGCUGCUAUUUUUCUUGUUGUUGGUCUGGACUUAUGACCUGGAAAUCUUGGCAACCUGUACCUAAUGCCCCACAGCCUUUGCUGGUCUGAUGUGAUGUGUUUUCCUCUUGAGAAUCCAUACACCUUUUCCCUGGGCAUAUCCCUUUAUGUCUUUCUAAAGAUUUCAAAUAAACGUCAGUGUUUUCAUUUAGUUCUUUUAAAGUUUCUAUUUUAAUAUUUUAUGUGUAUCAAUAUUUUCAUUCUUAAUGUGAAUAAGUGGAAUUAUUUAUGCUUAUUAUACAAAACAUUUGAAAUUUGCACAUUGAAUUGUCUCUAAUAGAAAACCAUUGACUCUCCUCUAUUGGCUUUCUUCAAGUUUUCCUAAAUUUAAAUGUAACUUUCAUGGAAGUCAAGAUUAAAAAUUAAAUUAUUUAAG